GCCGGGGUUGGCGGCGGCGCCAUUUUGAACUGGCUGAGGGUCGGAGGCGGCGGCUGCCCGGCAGGGUUCCGCGUCCCCCGAGGGAGAACCCGCGAGGAAGGAGCGGAUAUGGCCGCGAAUAGGAACUUGAAGCAAGUGCGGAUCGAAAACAGCUCCCCGGCGGCGCCGCUGGGCAUGGUGGGGGGUGGCGGCGGCGGCAACCUGAAAGGAUUGCGCGGCCUAGAAGCGGAGAGUGAGGCGGCGGCGGCCAUGGCUCUGGCGCCGAGCAAAGAAGGUGGCAGAGAUGAGGAGCAGGAGGUUGGGUUCACCAUCGAUAUCAAGAGCUUUCUCAAACCCGGCGAGAAGAGCUACACGCAGCGUUGCCGGCUGUUCGUGGGGAAUCUGCCUACUGAUAUCACCGAGGAGGAUUUCAAGCGCCUUUUCGAGCGCUACGGGGAGCCCAGCGAGGUUUUCAUCAAUCGGGACCGUGGCUUCGGCUUCAUCCGGCUGGAAUCUAGGACCCUGGCUGAAAUAGCAAAGGCAGAACUUGAUGGUACUAUUUUGAAGAGCAGACCACUUCGAAUUCGAUUUGCUACCCAUGGAGCUGCCUUAACUGUGAAGAAUCUGUCGCCUGUGGUUUCCAAUGAGCUGCUGGAACAGGCAUUCUCGCAAUUCGGGCCAGUGGAAAGAGCGGUUGUUGUAGUAGAUGAUCGUGGCAGAGCUACAGGGAAAGGUUUUGUAGAGUUUGCAGCAAAACCUCCAGCACGGAAAGCUCUAGAAAGAUGCAGUGACGGGGCAUUCUUGCUUACAACAACACCUCGACCUGUUGUUGUAGAACCAAUGGAGCAAUUUGAUGAUGAGGAUGGACUCCCUGAGAAGCUAAUGCAAAAAACACAACAGUACCACAAGGAAAGAGAGCAGCCUCCACGCUUUGCUCAGCCUGGAACAUUUGAGUUUGAGUACGCUUCACGGUGGAAGGCUCUUGAUGAGAUGGAAAAGCAGCAGCGUGAACAGGUUGACAGAAACAUUAGAGAAGCCAAAGAGAAACUUGAGGCAGAAAUGGAAGCAGCUAGACAUGAGCAUCAGCUAAUGCUGAUGAGGCAAGAUCUCAUGCGUCGUCAGGAAGAAUUGAGGCGCUUGGAAGAACUUCGAAACCAAGAACUUCAAAAACGCAAGCAGAUACAGUUGAGACACGAAGAAGAACACAGACGUCGUGAAGAAGAGAUGCUGCGCCAGAGGGAACAAGAGGAGUUACGACGACAGCAGGAGGGAGGAUUUAAGCCAAAUUUCAUGGACAAUAGAGAACAGGAAAUGAGAAUGGGUGAUAUGGGUCCUCGUGGAGCAAUAAACAUGGGAGAUGCGUUUAGCCCAGCACCUGCUGGUAACCAAGGCCCUCCUCCAAUGAUGGGUAUGAAUAUGAACAACAGAGGAACUUUACCUGGCCCUGCAAUGGGUCCUGGUCCUUCCAUGGGACCAGAAGGAGCUGCAAAUAUGGGAACACCAAUGAUGCCAGAUAAUGGAACAGUGCAUAAUGAGAGAUUCCCUCAAGGAGGUCCAUCCCAGAUGGGUUCACCUCUGGUUAGUAGAACGGGCUCUGAAACUCCUCAGCCGCCAAUGAGUGGUGUAGGUGCCGUGAGUGGUGGACCUGGUGGCUUUGGUAGAGGAAACCCAGGGGGCAACUUUGAAGGACCUAACAAGCGUCGCAGAUACUAAAUCUUAAUUCAUUCCUUACUGUUUUAGAAAUUCCAGUAAAAUUAUACGGUGAUAUGCCUUUAUAAUUUUAGCUGUUAUCUGGAAACGGUUUUAUUGUUAUUGUAGUCUUUAAAACAGUUUAUUUUGUAAAACUUUUUUUGUAUUCAGUCAUAGGCUUUGUAGUAUAGAGCAGAAAUGAUGCGGAUCAUUAUGUAAGGCAAUGUGUUUGUGACUCUAGCAAAAUACAAUGUGUGACUAUGCUGUAAAACGUGCAGUUAUCUGAUUACAAUAAAAAAAAUCACUGGAAAGGAUUUUGGGAAUGUUAUUACUAAUACUGAGUAAGAAUAAUUUCAUGCUUAAUUUUAAGUGGCAUAAUUUUCAUUUUUACGUAGUUUCUACUAUGCGUCAAGGACGUUCCAUUCUUAAUAGUGAGUGUUUAGCUAAACUGCAUGGUGCAGUACAUACUAUGAAAAACUUAAAACACAACUGCUUUUGUUUUGACUUUCAAAGAGCAUAAAAUUUUAUACAAAGUGUUCUCAAAGAUACUGUGUCCUUGCAUCUCAGUCCGCCAUUGCAAACUUAGUCGCAGUAAGAGGUUAUCAACAGAGGUUAUCUAUUAGACAAAUUAUUAGAAAAUUUAACUUGGAGAGGAAAAAACAACUUUGAAAAGAAAUCUCUUUUUAUGCUUUAUUCAUAACAGUAUGCUUGAAUUUACCUAAACCAUGUAUAUAGAGGAGAAAAUUGGUUGUGACAUCUGUGUGUUCUGGUGGUUAAAGUAUCUCUAUUGCAAGAAAGGAAACAUUUCUGCACGCUGGUCGAAAGCUUUCUGCUGUGUUUGCACAUCAUUAUUAAUAACUACAUUUUCCCCAGUGGAUGGUUAGAAUAAAAACAUGUCUGUUAUCAAUGAGUAACUGUUUAAUUAAGAAGCAAAUACAUGUUUUCCAGCAAAAGUAAGUGUUCGCUUAUAGUUUAGUAAUAUGCAUUUAGGAUUGCACAUGAGUAUUCGUAUACUAUUUGAAUAGUAGAUGAAUUCUUCAAAAUUCGUAUACUAUUUGAAUAGUAGAUGAAUUCUUCAAAAAAGCAGAAGUACUUCAGAAAAGGAGAAUUCCUAAUAAAUUUUUCACAGAACAAGGAACUUGAAAAACGCCUAUUACAUCACAACUCAGGGUAGAUUUGCUGACUGAGUUUUAAAAUAAAACUAAUAGUAAAGCUGCUAGGAAGCUUGUUAUGAUUCUGUUUUGUCAGUCUUGGAAGAUGGAUGGAAAAGACCUAUUGGUUCUAUUCCUGUAAUGGCGAAUAAGUAGGGUUAUUGGUUGAUUACUACUACUCUUUUUCCUGUGCAAAGUAGCUGUAAAAUAGUGCUGUUCUUUUUUAUCAGUUUACUCACAUUUUCAGAGGUAGACAUUACUAAAUUUUAUCUGCAUGAAUUGGGUUACUAAAUUGGUUAAAAACUGAUUUGAAAUAACCUGGUGCCCUAAUACCAUCCAAAUGGUAUAUACAUAGCGUGGGAUGCAAGCUGCAGAGAGGGCUUGUGUGUGUUACUUGUUAAUGUAGCGGUGAUAUUGGUGGAUUGAAUAUUGAACAAAUGGUUAACAAGAAGUCAUCAUUGCUGGCAUUUUGAAAAUACACUGUUACUUCAGUUGCCAGUGUUGUAUGGCUUAAGUUACUGUUUUCAAACAAUUCGGGAGCUACCUUAGUGUAACAAAGUCUGUAGAUCCUCACUCCUGGCAUCUGUACCAGCUAAGCAUUUUGCUUUAGAUUGUCUUUAAUGUUGCCAUUUUUUUGGUUGACUUGAUACAUGCCACACUUUGUAAUACAAUAUGAGUUACCUUUUAGUGUCUGAGAUACUCUUUCCCUGGUAUAUGUAUCAUAUUGUAGCACUCAUUCUUAAGAUAAACCUCAACCAAACUGCAAAUGGUUUUACUUUACAGUGGUCCUAAAUCUCAAGAUUUGGGAAAAUUACUGGGUUUUCAUAUAUGUUUGCAUAUGGCAACUACUUAAGCUCUCUGCUCUAGUGUCCUUUAUUCAGUUAAAAAUACAGUUUACAUUGGUAGGUUGUCUAGUAAGGUGUCUAAAUAUGAGAUUACUUUUUUCCUCAUCUUUUCUGCCCUUGUACAUGACUUUUUUGUGCAUGACUUCUCAACUGUAAAGCUGUACGGUGCACAUUUUAAAUACAAAUUCAACUAGGUUCAAAAUGUUGGUUCAUUUUCUUCAAAGGAAAAGGCUGUGUUGUUCAGGCUUUUUAGCUAGCUCCUGUAUAUUUGUUAUGUAAACACUCCUCCUUGUAGUAUCUGAGUAUGUUUCAAAGGAACAUUAAAUAUACUGAAUCUGCAAAAGUAGUUCAUACUUCUCAUGCCAGCUUCAUGCUAUUUUAAGUGCAUGCUUGCACUGUGGUUUUGGUAGCGAGUGGAGGUAUGUAUGUAUUUGAAAGUUAUUAUAAGUUUUAUUUAACCUUAGUGAUUGACAUUCCACUGUGACCUGCUCUUCCUGUAAACAUCUGAUUUGGAUUGCUCUGCUGCAUGGGAGCAGUGGAUUUGUCAGCUGUCCUUACUGCAGAAAAUAAUUUAAUCUAUUUUUAAAUAUUCAUGAAUCAAGUCCCAACAAAUACUGAAAUGCAUUUUUGGGUAGAUUGUAAAGAGUUAAUGAAGACUGCCUUUUGUAGCUGAUGACACGCUGCUAAGUUCAGCUCUUAAAAGUUUUCUCUGGGCUGUCUGGCUCAACUCUAAAGGCAGUGCUUGUUAUUUUGCCAAAUGUGGUAGUAACUGAUCCUAGCUAUAAAAUAAACACCUAAUUUUGAUAAAAAAGGAAUUGUCUCAAAUUGUUUCCUAAAAAGGUGUAGAUGUGGCCAGCCAGUGUUUUUGCAUGAAGGUUCUGCCCUUCUGCUAAAGCAGUUAAUUUUUCUUGUUCCUCAUCUUGUUGAUCAGUUUAUCUUUUUUUUUUUUGUGUACUUAUGUACUCAAGUUUUUAUCUACAUUUGCACUGUUUGACUGGAAAGCACAGUGAAGUCCUGACUCUCUGCUAUAUGGUAUGCUAAAACAAAUAGGCUUGGAAUAUAUGUGAAACUGCCAACUACAGUGCACUUACUUUUGUAAUGUACUUACUGGAAUUUUCAUUAUUCCUGAAGUUUCAUAUUCCUAAACUGCCUAAUUUUUCUGUGAGAUACAGUUUGGUACUUAAAGAUAACAAAGCUUUACUAUUCCAUUUCUGACCAAUGUGCUCAUUAGAUAAAGCACGUUGGUAUCUUGGGAAACUUAGUGGCAAUCCUAAUAUACUGUACUGUACUUAUUUCCUAAGAAAAUCACAAACUACUGUGGAUUACCUAGAAAGAAAAUUCCUGACAUGAAGCUGUUUUACUUAUUGUCUGUGGUUUUUUUAUGCAGUUGUACAUAAAGAUAUAAUAAGCUGGAGAUUCCUACAAGAAUGAAAUUUGAAAUAGAUGUCAAGAAGACAGUAUGAACUAAGUACUGCAUUAAUUUAAUUUUAAGCAUAAUCCAGUAGGGUUUUAUUGUAUGCAUUCUUUGAGGAGUACUCUGAUCUAAAGUAUGCUGCCACAUUUUAAAAUGUUCUACCAAAUUCAUUUCCCUUUUUUCCACUCUUUAUUUCAGAUAUAGAAUAAUUUGUAAUUACAAAUUCUUUGAAGGGUACUGAACGCACAGUGGCACUUAUGAACUAUGUGUUGUUAAACAGUUGCAAUCUACCUUGAGAUAACUUGGCUCAAAAAUGCUAAAAUAACUAAUCUAAAGGCAGAUUCUCAAGUGAAACCCAAAACCCUGUAAGCCUUUUGGAGGGAGAAAAUAUGCUUGGAGAUAAAUGUUCAGAAGUUAACUGGUGUACUCUAGUGGCAUGAAAUUAAUUUUACUUAAGUAUGUUGUAGAAACAAUUUUUUUUUUGCAUAAUUCCUAAUUUAUCUAUUUUUUAUAAGAAGUUGGGUCAUGAUUUUUCCCUUCAUAAGCCAACCUAAAGCAUAAUUGAACUCCUAAAAUAGCACAGAAGGCAGGGUAGCAAUCUGUGUUGGACCACAAAUGUGAAGGGGUUCUAAAUCCCAUUCCUGGGACUUGAAGUGCCUAUCCAUGGGUAGUUUUAGAGUCUGCCUGCAGCAUCUGUUGUUAGCUUGUGCUUGUGGCCAAGAGUGGGGGGCUUCAGAGAGCACGUACUUCCAGUGCAAAUUGUCUUCUCAGGACCCCCAAGUUAUUAAUAUGCCGCUGUGCUGGUUUUAAGAUGCUCAUCUUGGAGUUUGGUGCUUUCCUUGGCUGUUGGCUCCUAGCAUGAGGGAUUAUCAGUCCAAACUUUCCUGAUUUAUGAGUGGUAAGAAGGGAGUGAAUGUAGCCUGUGGGAAAUGCAGAGGUUGGGCAUUACUGCUUUAGAUUGUUGGCUCUUCAGUGAUAGUUGGGUGGCAAAUGUAGAACUGUAGUAACCUGAAGGCAUUUGCUUUCUUAAAAAUUCACUUACUGAAAUGUAAGAAUUUAUUGUAGUAACAAUAAGAGGAUUGACUAAAGCUUGUAAUACCUAAUGUUAGGUAUAAUUUUUCCCAUUGGUUUAUUUUUGUUACCUUUUGUUACCUUUCCAGAUAUACUGUAAAGUAAUUUGAGCAUUCUCACCAGUUUAAUGUGUUUUGUUAAUAGUUUGGGGUGUUUUCCCAUAAAGUAUUUUAAAAAUCAUAGCUGUUGGCAUUUCAGGAGUGUUUUCACAGUAAUCCAUGAAAUACUGAAGCUAGUUAUAAAAUUGUCUAAAAUGUUACUUGUAGAAUAAAUAAACGGAACGUGAAAUUUUCAUGAAAAGAGUACUUUUUAUGUUUUUAAAUGCAUGGAAACAAACCGUCAAUGUGUUAAUUUUCAGUGGGAUAGAUUUAAUAGGUCUUUUCCAUCUUGAACUUCCUUAAGAUACUCUGAAAGUUAAUAUAAUUUAAAUUUGGAGGAAUCCUUAUUAAUGACCUCAGCCUGACUUUCAAAAGCAGGGCGAGAAGUUUCUUCUGUUCCUUCUGUUUGGAAGAGCAGCUCUUUUUUCCUAAUUAAAGGAGCUAUUUGGAAAACCAUUCAGAGAUAAGCACAGAAUACUUAAAACUAUUUAAAACCUCCUCUGCUCUAAUGUAAUUAUUUUUAUACACACAAAUCACAUUAAAAAAAAAGCAACUUUGUAAAUGUGGGUAAAAACUCAAGUGAUUUGUACGUGGUCCCUUGAGUGGAGAAUAAAAUGCUCAUAAUAAGAGGUAUGAGAUUCAAGAGGAACUGAAUUGUAUUAUUUACAUACACAUGUGGAUAAGAUUUUUCCAUUUGGUUGGGUGAAUGAUUUGUCUAGAGCUUCCAUUGUUCCUAGAUUUAGUAGUGUGCUUUUAUGUCUCAAUUUUUGUAGAGUAAAGCAUAGCUGUAUAAUUUGGUUGAAUUUACAUGCUAAUUGUAUGCGGGACGUUAAGUGCUUGACUUGAAAGAAUUGCAGUGAGAAUAAAGAUACUCUUCUUGACUUUAAGUAAAAA